AUGGAGGAGGGGAAGGAGGACCCCAGAAAUAGAAAACGCCCAAGAAAUUGUAGCGAAGAACGACCCUUAGGAGAAACGGUUCGCGGAGCUCAACGACAAAUUCUUAGCUUUGGAAAAGAAACAACAGGCGACGUCAGUUUCCACCGCUGUUCAAUCGAUGAUGGAAGAGACCGAGCCUCCCUUCACCUCAAAAAUCAUGAACGAGGUGAUGCCUCAGAGGUUCCGGAUACUCUCGUCAUUCAAUACUCUGGGUCCAAAGACCCAUCUAAGCAUGUGAAAGCCUAUCACUCAUGGAUGCAGAUCCAGACGGCGACGGAUGCCAUGAUGUGUCGAGGGUUCUCGAUCACGCUCACGGGCUCUGCUCAGAGUUGGUACCGGCAGCUCAAGCCAAAUUCCAUUAGUUCCUUCGUAGAGCUGAGUCGACUAUUUCUUACCCAAUUCAUAAGUGGUAAGAGAAGUCGGAAGCGGAACACUCACCUAUUUGCUAUCAAACAAGAGCCGAAAGAGUCGUUGAAAGAUUACAUUGCUUACUUUAAUGAGGAAGCACUGUUAAUAGAAGAUUACGACUACAAGAUGACACUUGCAACCGUGUUCAACGGCCUAAAGGAAGGAAAAUUCACCUUCUCCAUUGGAAAGAAUCCACCAAAGACGUUGGCAGAACUCAUUGCCAGAGCUCAGAAAUACACUAACGCCGAAGAAUUCUCUAAUGCUCGCAAAAAUGUCCAAGUGACAGAGCCGAAUAGUAAAGGGAAGAGGCAUAGGAACGAGGAAUCCCAGUCGUCUAACAAAGGGCCUGAUGACCACGCCCCUCAUGAUCGUCGCCCAAACAGAAGGCUGGAGGGAAAGUUCCGCUCCUACACCCCUCUUAACACAUCCACCGAGCAGAUUCUAUUGGACAUCCGAGGAAAAAAGCUGCUGAAUUGGCCCGUUUGUAUGAGGGUCGACCCGGAUCAUCGAAACAAGCAGAAGUAUUACUGCUUUCACUGA